GUAAGAGGAGGAGUCAUUAUCUUCAGCCACACCUAUUCUUCCAUAAAAACUCAACUUUCUAGCUAACGUUUACUUCAGUCAGGUCAGCCGGUUCAACAGGCUUACCAUCGAUCGUUUCAUUUCCUCCUUUAAGAUCUUCUUUAAGUGAACACUCUGAUAAUGGCUCCAUCUCCAAAAUGCCACGGAAAAGCAUGUCCUGCUCCCGGACCAGUGCCGAAUGGUCUUAUUCGCCUCUACAGCAUGAGAUUUUGUCCAUUUGCUCAGAGAGCAAGACUGGUGCUCACUGCCAAGGGAGUUAAACAUGAAAUUAUCAACAUCAAUUUGAAGGAUAAGCCUGAUUGGUUUCUGGAGAAGAAUCCUUCAGGGACAGUGCCAGUAUUGGAAACCUCAAGUGGUCAGGUGAUCUACGAGUCGCCAAUCACCUGCGAGUACUUGGAUGAGACCUACCCUGAGAAGAGACUGCUCCCAUCUGACCCAUUUGAGAGGGCCCAACAGAGAAUGCUGCUGGAUCAUUAUUCAAAGGUGAUUCCAUACUUCUAUAAGAUCUCUAUGGGCAAGAAAAGAGGAGAGGAUGUCUCAGCAGCUGAAGUAGAAUUUACAGAAAAAGUCUCCCAACUACAUGAGUAUCUGGCGAAAAAGAAGACCAAAUAUUUUGGGGGCGAUUCAAUCACAAUGAUCGACUACUUGAUCUGGCCAUGGUUUGAGAGGGCAGAGAUGAUGGGCGUAAAGCAUUGUUUGGCCAACACCCCUGAGUUAAGGAAGUGGAUUGAAUGCAUGUUCGAGGAUCCAGUGGUCAAAGCCACCAUGUUCAACACAGAGGAUCACAAAGUGUUCUUCAACACCUACAUGGACGGAAACCCUAAUUAUGAUCAUGGUUUAUAGAGUAAAAUAACUCUUUUCUUAGUCUAAAUAUUUUUUAUACCGAAUUUAUAGCCAGUUGUGCUUUUAAGCCUCAGACCUUAGACUAGAUCCCAGAAGGCCAUGUAAAAAUGGCUACAAUGGGUAUAUUACCAUGUCUGUCUUUCAUACAUGAAUAUAAAUAAACCAAACAUACAUAAUAUAAACAUUAUAUUUUGGACAAAUCUUAUAUCCUUGUGUUUAUUCCUUUAAUGACUUAUCUUUCCAGUAGGUCAUGGGGUUGAUUUCCAGAGAAAUCAAGAACUUAUAAAACAUAAAUGUGUACCUUGAAUGCAGUGUAACUUGCUUUGGAUAAAAGCUUUUGCCAAAUGCAUAAAUGUAAAUAUAAAUCUCUCUAUAUAUAACCAGUUUCCUCUUUGGUCACAAGUGAAAUGCUACUGAGCCAUGCACUGCAUGUCAUGGGGCUGCACAACAAUAUUGCUUCCUGGGAGGGGAAACUGCACAACUGCAUACUGCAUAAAAGUUUGUUUAGUGCAUCUCUGUUUAAAAAAAAAAUCCAAGACAAAGACUACAAAGAGUAAAACCAGUGCAAACUACAGAAAAGAUAAAAAAGCCCUUUUCAAACCUGUGAAACAGCUUCUGCUUGGGCCUGUACAUGCCACUGUGCACCAUUUCUUUAGAUGUGCUUGCUGCUCAUACAUUGUUUAGGCAUUUCAACAAUCACUUGUGUUGACAUACAAGAUCAAAACUGAUAAUACUGCUAAAUACUCUGAUAAUGUUACAUAAUUUAAACUCUUAACAUGAUAUUACAUCAUUUGCAAUAACUUAUGGUUCAAAGAUCCUGAAUCAGCUGCCAGAAUGAUGAUAGCAAGUGGGUGUUUCUUCAACCAUGUGCACUUUUAGCCCUGUGGACUUUAGGAAAAUAAACUUUCUUAAAAUCCUAUUAUUUUAUAGCAGCAACGUCAUUUCAGUCACAUCUCAAAUUAUGUAUUGUGUUUGGUAACAUUCUGUGGUGGAAAUUUCAUUUUAAACUUUUUUUUUUUUUUCAGAAAAUCUUUGUCUUGCUAAGGACAAUUUCACAGCAAGCAUUUUAGAUAUUUUAAAUACAUACUUGAUUUAAAUUAUUUCAUAAACAACAUUACAGCUGAUGCAUGAUAAAAAUAACUGUUAUUAGGUGAUAUUUACCUUGAUUUUCUUCACACAUUACAUCUUAUUUCAACUCCAGCAUGCUCUACACUGGCACUGUCCCCUUGGUAAAAACAAACAAACAAACAGUAACUUUUGCAAUAAACUGUAUUAUUAUUAUUUUUAUUAUUAGAUGCAAAGUUUGUUUAU